AGAGUUCAGGCAUGAGAGUCGUUUAAAUUCAGAAUCGGUGCUGUAAUAAAAUUGAUGUUACAAAUUUUUUUAUAUUUAUUGUAAUCUUUAGUUAGAAUAAUUACCAGGAGGAAGGCUUUAUCUACAUUUUCGCUGCUAUUGCUGAAGCAGUCUUGCGUUGUAUAAGUAGCGAGUGAUAGUAUACUGAGAUGCCAUGUUGAAGUUGCGGUUCCAGGUCCUGUAGUGACAAUUGGAGAUGGUGAUUUCCAUACGUUAGCGAUCCCGAAUUUUACCUUGGUCGACUGACAAGCUGGCAUCACACAUUAUGGCAUUCGCCACGUUACGCUGUGCUCGCCUUGGCUGGAAGACAGCUUCAGUUUCCUCUGCGUCCGCUCUUAUGCAGAUUUCAGUGCGAUCCGUGGUAUUGGCUUGUGAUCGUAAUGGCGGUGUUGUUAAGGGGAUGAUGCGGAGCCGCUGCGCAACCCACGCACUCGUGUAUGAUUUUAAUGGCCAGUCUGGCCCUGUUUUGAGUUCUUUCCCCUCAGUUUCGCAUGCACUUGGCAGAUCUUCAGGAAGUUGUCAUGCUACGGAAUUCAGGUGGUUAAGCACCGGUAAUCUACGUCAAAGUCCUGGUGAUGCUCACAGAAAGCGUACGCGAACAACGCUCUAUUAUCUAAUUUCGGUGGCGGUGCUGCUUUUGGGAUUGAGCUAUGCGGCAGUUCCGAUGUACAGAGUAUUUUGUCAGGUUACUGGUAUCGGUGGAGCGUCGAAUUUAGCAAAACACGAUGCUGACAAAGUAGAGUCUAUGAAAAAAGUAGCGGACCAGAAAUUAACGAUUAGGUUCAAUGCCGACACUGCUUCACAUCUUCACUGGCACUUCAAGCCACUGCAGCGGGAAGUCGUGGUUUAUCCCGGUGAAACCGCUCUCGCUUUUUACACCGCUACAAAUCCUACUGAUCGUCCGAUUACGGGAAUUUCUACAUAUACUGUUUUGCCGUAUGAGGCUGCAAAGUAUUUAAACAAGAUUCAGUGUUUUUGCUUCGAAGAACAGCGACUAAACCCCCACGAGCAGGUCGAUAUGCCCGUGUUUUUCUAUAUUGAUCCGGAAUUUGUGAAUGAUCCAUGGCUGCAAAAGACUAAAACUGUUACGUUGUCGUAUACGUUUUUUGAAUCGAAAGAAGGCAACAAGUUUCUUGGAGGAUUUCAACCUCACACUUGGAGCUCGGCAAAGCCGCAACCGUCAGUUUGAGGGCUGGGUGGAUGAUCGUGAGAGAAGGAAGUUAUUUCUGGAUAACGCCAAAAUGGAAUGGUACACAAUUUGAAAAUUACGAUUGCCCAUAUUGGAAUGCCGGCUGUUGUCACCUGAACUUCCAAACCGGCAGGUGAAAUGUCUGUGACGAACACGGCACACGAUUAAAGAUGAUUUUCCUUGUUG